AGCAGAUGUAUCCCUGGAGGGAGGAUUGGUUGUGGAAGAGAACCUGCCCAAUUAACAGAAGAUAACUGCCACACCUCUAACAGAUAGCAAAUAGAAUAGAUCUUGCAUUGCAGUCUGGGACAGCCCCUCUCCCAGCUCCCCUCAGUAUCUCUUGUGCUUGGCAUGGGGACACUGCCAGCACAAUGACCUGGUAUCUCAGUUUUGGAGACAAAUUUCAGGAGGAAACACCCUGGAAUGAGUGUUUCCUCUAAAGGGAAAGGGCUUCAAUAGCUCCUUUUUUUUUCUGCCAAUGAGAGAAAUAGAUAUCAGGGGAUGAAAAUGAAAAAAAAUGUAAAACUGUUUAUUAACAAAGCAAGAUACCCACAAAGCACAGGAAAAAAAAAAUUGAGCCUUUCACCCCAUCCCCACCUCGCUGAGAGGUAAGGAUGGCGGCUGCCUUUAUUUGUCUCUGGGAAGGGCAGAGAAAAGAGUUUGUGAAGCGGCCUGGGAACCUGUUGGAUUUCUGAUUUGGGUCUUCUCCUCACAGCAGGUGAAGUUGGGGGACUUUAAUGUCCUUUCUUUUGCUGUUUUUUCUGGAGUUUGGACUGGCCAGGGCUGCCCCUGCAGGCUCCUCGGGCCAAAGAAAAAAAUGAACCAAAACAGUUCAAGGAAAAAAAAAAAAAACCAAAACGAAAAGCCUCCAAAAGGAUUUGCUGGUGAAAAGCCUCCAGGCCAGAGGAAGAAAAAACACAAAAAUAAGCACAAACAUAAACAAACAAAAAAACAACCCCCCCCCAAAAAAAAUUCCACCCAGAAGCUUCUUGCCUAAAUUGGCGAAAAUGAAUCCAGCAAAAGCAAUGAAGUAACAGUCCCUGUAGCUGCCGACUAUGCCAGAGAGAGACUGAACGGAGCCCAUGCCUGUGGUUCCCAGGCUGGGGCCCUGCCCCCUGGUUCAUGUUAAAGCUACCACAGACAUUUCUGGGCAUAAAGCAGAUGAUUAGGGAACAAAGUAUCAUCAUAAACCACCACAACACCUGGACUGGCAGCACAUGAACAGUGCCGAGCAGCACCUGCUGUGCCUGAGCUCAGGUGCCACAGCUCACGGCUCUCUCUUCUUCCUCCGGGUGUUUCUCCAAGCUCUGCUCAAGGUGAGAGGACAACCCAACCCCGUCACCUGGCCAAGGGCAGGAACGUAAUGCUGCCCUGCAGCUUCUCCCCAGAACAGCAUGCACAGGACACGGAGGUGACCUGGUUUUGGGAGCAGCUCUCACCCUUCGUGCAUGGCUGCAAGGGGGGACAGGACCAGUAUGGGGAGCAGAUGCUUCAAUACCGAGGCCACACUGAGCUGCUGAAGGACAGCCCUGCCCAGGGCAGCACACACUUGAAAAUUUGCCAUGUCCAACUCUCUGACAGACGGAAUUACACCUGUUUUGUUCAACAUGGCUUAGAUUAUAUCGAGGCUGUGGUAGAGUCCAAGGUGACAGGUCUGUACUUUGUGUCCCUGGUACCUCUAAUGUACUUGCUUGCAGCCAGUGCACUUUUUCCCUGUCCUCCUGCCAGAAGCAGUUUGAGGUGGCUGCAAAGUUUGUCAUUGUCAGGAAGAGAAACAGCCAAACCACCACAUCCCCCAGUAUCCAGAACCCCACAGGCUCACCUGGGUCUCUCUGGUCCCGCAGCCAGUGGCUCUGCCCUGUACAUCACACUGGAGCACUACGAGGCUGGGGGGAUCUGGGUGUCCUGUAGCUCAGCCAGCUGGUACCCACAGCCUCUGGUGCUGUGGCAAGAUUCCAUGGGUGGCUGCUCCCAUCCCACUGGGAAGACACUACCCUGGAUGACAACGGGCUCUGCAGAGGAGAGCAGCAUCAUCCUGAGCAGAGGUGUGACCCAGCCCUUUAGUGUCAGUAUCAGGUGA